CGUCUAUUUCCGCGUUGUGGCAAGAACGCGCGACGGGAUAGGACGCCCGCUGUUGGCCAAUUAAAAUCCCCUGGGGGCUGAGAGGUAUGCUGGAAGAGUCGGAGGACCAAAACGAAGUCUUCGUCGUCGGGUUAGGCAAGCGGUUGGUGGCAAAAAGAUGAAGAGAAAUCGAUGGCGAGGUAGAAGAAAUCAUGUACAGCAUAAUCAUAGACGGCUAUGUAAUGGGCAGCCUUACACGGUAUUCCACCAUCGGCAUUCUACUGAAAGGCCUGAACAAAGAGAAUUGCAAAGCUUGCAGAACUCAGGUAGAGGCCAAGCUGAAUCAUCAUCUGCAUCUUCCCAUUCAUGCCAAAGUUCUUCAGUUCCAGAAUUACCAGGAUUUUAUUAUGAUCCUGAAAAGAAUCGCUAUUUUCGCUUACUUCCUGGGCAUAACAACUGCAAUCCUCUCACCAAGGAGAGUAUUCAUCAGAAAGAGAUGGAAAGGCAAAGGUUAAAACUUUUAAAAGAGGAUGAGAAAAUAAUAAAGAAAACACCCAGAUCUGGGCUAAACUCUUCAAUUAUCUUACGCAAGAAACAAUUGGGUUUCUAUAGUUCUAUCACUUAUUGCAGGCUGAUUCAUGAAUUAAAGGUGAAUUGCAUGCAGAGAAGGAAAUUAGAAAUUGAGAACCUCAAUUCUUCAUUGUUGCUUUCUGGAAGCAACAAUUUUAAACUAAUUGUGGCAGACACUACCUCCGAGAGAAUAAUCGCUGUAAAUGAUACAGAACGAGAAGGAUGUAAAUAUGGAAUUGUCAACCUCCGUGGUUUGGGAAAGAAUUCUCUUACCGUAGAGACGUAUGAUAACCCCUGCUUCACAAAUUGCAAGGUGAAUUCUGUAUGCUGGGCCUCUUUGAGACAUCAGGAUUCUCAUGUUUUGUUGUGCCUCAUGGGUGCUGCAGAAAAUCUAGGGUGUGCCAGUCUGCUUCCAGCUUCCUUCUUCAGCAGCUCUAACACAGCAGUUGAACGUGGAAUGUCAUGGAGGUUUAACAUCUCCACAGCCUGGUCUUGUGCCUGGUGUCAUAAUCCUCAGGCUAAUAACUGCUUUAGCACAGGUUUAAAUCAACGAAUCAUUGUUACUAAUGCAGUGACUGGGCAUCAUCAAACAUUUAACACCAACAGUGAUGUUCUAGCACAGCAAUUUGCCACUCAGUCUCCCGUUUUAUAUAAUGGUUGUCGUUCAGGGGAGAUUUUCAGUAUUGAUGUCCGUCAAUGCAACCAUAAAGGGCAAAAAUGGAAAGCUGGCCAAUUUUUCCAUGACUCAGCAGUCACCUCUGUUAAUCUCCUGAAAAGUGAGCAGUAUCUCAUGGCUGCAGAUAUGUUGGGCCAGAUAAAGCUCUGGGACCUGAGGAAACUAAAAUGUGUAAAAGAAUAUAGUGGUCAUAAAAAUGAGCAUACUAUUCUUCCUUUGCACAUCAAUGAGGAGGAAGGGCUUCUUUCAGCAGUGGGUCAAGACUGUUAUACGCGAAUUUGGAGUCUCCAGGAUGCUCAUUUGCUACGAACUAUCCCAUCUCCAUCCCCAUCCUCCAGAGAUUCUAUUCCAAGUGUGGUGUUCUCCUCACAGCUUGGAGGUGCUCGAGGUGUUCCUGGCUUGCUUAUGGCAGUCAGACAAGAUCUCUAUUAUUUCUCCUAUAAGACAGAUGAUCCAUAUUGCCUGGAUAUUAAAGACAUGGAAUGUUCCACCUUGCAUAGUGACUGAAAAUAAGAAUGAUGGGUAUAGUUGUGCUGCAUAGUUGUGCUGUACUUCUCAUAGUUAACAUUCAAGACUUUUAUAAUUAUAUUUUUCAGUGUUUAAAAUAAAACAGAUUAUGAAUAGUG